AUGCACGCCCUUGUACAUUUUGGAAAUGAAGGAUGGUUAGUUUCCACCUGCACUUGGAUGACUGAGGAGUAUGUCCACACGGUUGUAGCGGGUACAAUAUCUGGCGCGGCUGGUGUAUUGCUAGAGUACCCACUCGACACCAUAAAGGUUCGGCUGCAAAUGGGUGGUGGUCGUUACACCGGGUACUUCAAUUGUGCAUCGCGCAUGAUACAAGAGGAGGGUACACUUUCUUUGUACAGUGGAGUCUCCACACGCAUUGUGGGCUCUGCCUUCGAGCACGCCGUUGUGUUCUCCUCGUAUAAGUGGACGCUUAGAGCUGUCGGGACAGAUGAACAGCAUCCAAGAGUGUGGCAGAUCGCACUUGGCGGAGUUGGUGGUGGGGCCAUGUCUACUGUUUUGCUCACACCACUAGAACUGGUCAAGUGCCGUAUGCAGGUGGCAAACGUGCAACCCGGUGCAAAGUGGCGAAACGGCAGCGUCGCCGACUGUGCUGCAAGUAUUGUGCGUGAGGGUGGGCUAACGGCACUUUACAAAGGUGGGCUUGCGAUGUUGGCAAGGGAAAUCCCGGGAACGGCAGCAUAUUGCGGCACGUAUGAUAAACUGAAAGAGUUUCUCACACCAGAAGGGGGUUCAACCGCAAAUUUGUCGAUUUGGAGUUUAAUGUUUGCCGGUGGAUGUAGUGGUGUUGCCUUUUGGACCAUAUUUUUCCCUGCUGAUGUGGCCAAGACGAGGAUGCAAGUGGACCCCGCUUUCGCUAAAGUGGGAUUCUUGGAGGCCCUUCGCCGCAUAUACAUAGAAGGGGGCAUGCGACUGCUCUACCGGGGCUGGACGGGCACAGCUGUGCGUGCAUUUCCGUCUAAUGCGCUAAUAUUUGCGGUGUUUGAUUUAACCAUGUACGCCCUCACCAGGGAUUAG